CGACCGCCGGGCCUCCCGCGUCCGGGGCUCCGGGAGCCUCUCCCUCCUGGACGACGGGUGCGGCCGCCAAAGCAGUGCUGUGUGCGUGUGCGCGCGCACGCGCGCGCGCCGGGCCACGUGGGAGCGGCGCGGCGCCGUUGCCCCGCCUUCCCCCGGCGCGCGCCGGCGUCGUCUGCGUCUCCGGGCAUUUGAAUUGCGCUUCCGCCAUCUUUCUAGCCCUCAGUCAGACGGGCGCGGAGACGCUUCUGGAAGUAACAUCACGAUGGCUGCCCAAGGAGAACCCCAAGUUCAGUUCAAACUUGUAUUGGUUGGUGAUGGUGGUACUGGGAAAACUACAUUCGUGAAACGUCAUCUGACUGGUGAAUUUGAGAAGAAGUAUGUAGCUACCUUGGGUGUUGAGGUCCAUCCCCUUGUGUUCCAUACCAACAGAGGACCUAUUAAGUUCAAUGUAUGGGAUACGGCUGGUCAGGAGAAAUUUGGUGGACUGAGAGAUGGUUAUUAUAUCCAAGCUCAGUGUGCCAUUAUAAUGUUUGAUGUAACAUCGAGAGUUACUUACAAGAACGUACCUAACUGGCAUAGAGAUCUGGUACGAGUGUGUGAAAACAUCCCCAUUGUGUUGUGUGGCAACAAAGUGGAUAUUAAGGACAGAAAGGUUAAGGCAAAAUCGAUUGUCUUCCACCGAAAGAAGAACCUUCAGUACUACGACAUUUCUGCAAAAAGUAACUACAACUUUGAAAAGCCCUUCCUCUGGCUUGCUAGGAAACUGAUCGGAGACCCUAACUUGGAGUUUGUCGCCAUGCCUGCUCUUGCCCCGCCAGAGGUGGUCAUGGACCCAGCCUUGGCAGCACAAUAUGAGCAUGAUCUAGAGGUUGCUCAGACAACUGCUCUCCCGGAUGAAGAUGAUGACCUGUGAGAAAACAAAGCUGGAGCCCAGCGUCAGAAGUCUAGUUUUAUAGGCAACUGUCCUGUGAUGUCAGUGGUGCAGCGUGUUUGCCACUUUAUUAUAUAGCUAAGCAGAAUAUGUGCUUAAUCUCUGGGGUGCUGAAGGAGAUGAAUGGGCUUCGGAGUGAAUGUGGCAGUUGAAAAAAUAUACCUUCAUUUUUUGGACCUGCAUAUUUAGCUGUUUUGGAACACAGUUGUUUCCUUCUUGAGUUUCAAAUAUAAGACUGCUACAGUCGCAUCACAAUAUUCCGUGGUGAAAUCUUGUUUGUUACUGUCAUUCCCAUUCCUUUUCGUUUAGAAUCAGAAUAAAGUUGUAUUUCAAAUAUCUAA